UUGCUUGCUAGUGAUGGACAGGGCAUAGCAGGAGUUCACCAUAUCGUGUGGGAGAAGACCUCUCGGAUGGCAGAAAUUAUUCGGAUGGGACUAGUGGAAAAAGGGAGAUGGGUCAAGGUACACUCAGCCUUUCAUCACUCGCCAUAGAUGGAUGGUUUCCCGGGCAGGCAUCCGUGAGCCCGGCUCGCUAUAGGGAGACGUCAGUGCGCUCUGGUCCCGGUGGAAGAGCCCCCGGCCCCUCCCGCGCAGGCUUCCUUUAUAUAAAGUCCAGGCCUCGUGGAGUCUGCAGCGGUGGCGCUCUCGAAGCAGCAGUGGCAGAGCUCCUUGGAACCAUUCUUCUGUCACUGCUCCGCUGCUCUGCCGGGACAGCGCACUCUCAGCUUAACAGAGAGCUCUGAGGGCUUCCCGCCGGGACCAUGCGAGGCUUCGAGCUCCCACUCUUGCUGUUGGCACUGGUCCUCUGCCAGGCGUCCCGGGGACCAGCAGCCCCAGUGUCUGCAGGCACAGGUGGAGGGACUGUCCUGGCCAAGAUGUACCCGCGCGGCAGCCACUGGGCUGUGGGACACCUGAUGGGGAAAAAGAGCACGGAUGAGUCCCCGUCCCUGGGCGCGUCUGAGGGAGAUGACCUGAAGGAACAGCUGAGGGAAUACAUCCGCUGGGAAGAAGCAGCAAGGAAUUUGCUGGACAUCCUGGAAGCCAUGGGGAACAGAAGCCAUCAGCCACCUCAGCAGCAGCCUGCUUGGGAUUCUGAGGAUGGCAGCUACUCUAGUGAUGUUCAAAAUUCAAAGUUGGUAGACUCUCUGCUCCAGGCUCUCAAGGGGAAAGAAGGAACCUCCAGCUGAAGAGACAACAGCAAGGAUGGCUUCCAAGAAGCAAAACAAAACCCUUCAGAGACUGCGCUCUGCAAACAUCCAUUCUCCUGGACCAUCAACUGGAUUUUCUUUGUGCAAUUUAUUUAGCAAUUCUUAUAUCUUUCAGCUGUGACUAAACUCAUGAUUUUCGA